ACUAUAACAUCACUGUUUUACACAAGACUAAAGAUCCAAACCAACUGUUCCUGUGUGGAACCAAUGGACAACAACAGACAUUGUGCUGUUACAUGAACCCAUCAGACGACCCGUUUAACUGCACUCGAUCCAAGGGCACCAAAAACAUUCAACAACACAUAAAUGAAAGCGAGCCAUCGCUCCUCAUUGGUUCUGCUGAAGUAGAGGAAUUCUACACCACUCACUCAGGCAAAGAGGGUUCCGUGGGGAUCCACAGGUUUGGGAAGUACAGACUAUGGACAGAAAAAAGUGGAACAGGUAUGGAUCAGGAACAGAGAUAUGUGAGUUUGGUGGCUAGCGGGCAGAGAGAGGAUCGUCUGCAGGACAGACUAUACGCCUUCUACAUAGAGAAGAACCGAGACCCGAGUUUAGACUCUGAUCUCUGGGUUCCCCGGGUUGCUCAAGUCUGCAUGGCCGAUCUUGGAGGACCUAAGUCCUAUCUGCAGUUCAGGUGGACCUCCAAGUUGAGUACCAGGCUCUUCUGUGGAGACCAUGACAGCAGGCUGUACUUCACCCAGCUAGUGGACGUGAACACUGUUCUGGGAGACAGGUGGCAGGAUACCAGGGUCUACGCACUCUUCAGGAAUGGCUGGGGUAUGAGUGCUGUAUGUGUCUACACCAUAGCAGAUAUUGACCGCAUCUUUAAAACUUCCAACUUCAAGGGACACACAGGGCCCGUUACAAACCCACGACCUGGGGAGUGUGUUAAAGACAGCACUAAACUCCCCAUAGAAGUCCUGAAGAUGGUGGACAAGCGUUCAGAGAUGGAGGAGUGGGUCACCAGUGGGCCUCUCCUGGUCACUCACCGCCAUUACCACCACAUCCGCAUGGAUAGAGUCCAAGGCAAAUGGAAUGUCCUGUUUCUGUCUCUAGAGAAUGGAGGGAUUCAUAAGGUUCUGGAGAGGGAUGGUCAGGCCUUCGUCAUCGCUGAGUUACAACCUUUUAACUACAGGGCACACGUCCUCAGUAUGAUGUUACACUCCUCAACGGCAAAGCUGUAUGUGGCCUCCAGCAAAGAGCUGGUUCAGAUUGGCCUGGGCAGCUGUGUUCAGUAUGGAGCCCAGUGUGAAGACUGUGUCUUGGCCAGAGACCCUUACUGUGGCUGGGACGGCCAUCGCUGCACCACAGCUACAAAUGAUACAAUUCAGGAUGUGGAGAAUGGGAACCAUCAGGUAUGCAGCAACAUAUCCAGAGGAUUUACUGCAAGUAAAGAUUACUUUCCAGGGUCAUCAGUUGGCGCUGAAGAUGGAAUCAGAGUCCCUCUAUCUUCAAAGUACUUCCUCCAUUGCCCAACCUUGUCCAGCCACGCUGAGUACAGCUGGAGGCACCAUGGCAACACCACAGCAACGCCGUGCAUCUCCACAGAGUCAGAGGACCAGUGUCUCCUGCUAAUAGAGAGCAUGGGCCCUGAGCAGCAGGGAACAUACAGCUGUGUGUCUGAGGAGAGGGGCUACCGCAGGACCCUGGUGCAGUACCAGUUACAGCUGGACAGGGGGGUCACAGGCCUGGCCUCUCACCACCUACCCUUUCCUGGUCUGGGUCUGGUACUACUACUGGUCCUGACUUUGCUCUGCUAGCAUCAGCUCUAUGGACUAUCACCCCAGCCCUAUGACCGAGCUGACUUGACUUGGACAUGCCUGUCAAAAAACAGAACGCUGUAGAAGUUAAAGCAACUGCACUUGUGUUGAGUUAAGGAUUUAUCUGGAGGAAUUGGCCUCAUGUGUUUAAUUAUCGUGCUAUGUUUUCUAAUAUGAAACUUUGCAGGAGUUUGAAAUAUUUUAUGUGACAAUCUGAAUGUUCAGUAUAUUGCAAAAACAGACAAAUACUUUUUUAAUUUAAUGUUACAUUUUAGAAAUAUAUAUUUUUUACUUAACUUUUAAGUUUCUUGCUAACAGCAUUAUAGUUGUAAAUAUAUAUAUUG